UUUCGAGAGAACGUCCAGGAUGUGUUGCCCACCCUGCCGAAUCCAGAUGACUACUUUCUCCUGCGCUGGCUCCGAGCGAGAGGCUUCGACCUGCAGAAGUCCGAGGCCAUGCUGCGGAAGCACGUGGAGUUCCGAAAGCAAAAGGACAUUGACAACAUCUUUAGCUGGCAGCCUCCAGAGGUGGUCCAGCAGUACCUGUCGGGGGGCAUGUGUGGCUACGACCUGGAGGGCUGCCCGGUCUGGUACGACAUCAUCGGCCCUCUGGAUGCCAAGGGGCUGCUGUUCUCAGCCACCAAGCAGGACCUGCUCAAGACCAAGAUGCGGGACUGCGAGCUGCUUCUGCAGGAGUGCGCCCGCCAGACCACUAAGCUGGGAAGGAAGGUGGAGACCAUCACCAUGAUUUACGACUGCGAGGGGCUCGGCCUCAGGCAUCUCUGGAAGCCUGCGGUGGAAGCCUAUGGAGAGUUCCUCUGCAUGUUCGAGGAAAAUUAUCCUGAGACACUGAAGCGCCUCUUUGUUGUCAAAGCCCCCAAGCUGUUUCCUGUGGCCUACAACCUCAUCAAGCCCUUCCUGAGCGAGGACACUCGCAAGAAGAUCAUGGUCCUGGGAGCAAACUGGAAGGAGGUUUUACUGAAAUACAUCAGUCCCGACCAGGUGCCUGUGGAGUACGGGGGCACCAUGACCGACCCUGAUGGAGACCCCAAGUGCAAGUCCAAGAUCAAGUACGGGGGUGACAUCCCCAAGAAAUACUACGUGCGCGACCAGGUGAAGCAGCAGUACGAACACAGCGUGCACAUUUCCCGCGGCUCCUCCCACCAAGUGGAGUAUGAGAUCCUCUUUCCCGGCUGUGUGCUCAGGUGGCAGUUUAUGUCCGAAGGGGCGGAUGUUGGUUUUGGGAUUUUCCUGAAGACCAAGAUGGGGGAGCGGCAGCGAGCCGGGGAGAUGACGGAGGUGCUGCCCAACCAGAGGUACAACUCCCACCUGGUGCCUGAGGACGGGACCCUCACCUGCAGCGAGCCCGGCAUCUAUGUCCUGCGGUUUGACAACACCUACAGCUUCAUCCACGCCAAGAAGGUCAGUUUCACGGUGGAGGUCCUGCUGCCAGACAAAGCCUCCGAGGAGAAGAUGAAGCAGCUGGGGGCCGACAGCCCCAACUAACGGCCCCCCACCCCCACCCCCACCCCCGCCAGCGGGCCUGAGCCCCUCGGUGUCUCCCUGUCGGCUUCUUCCUAGCAAUCAUUCCCGCCGCCACCCUGCAGCCCACAGAACCCGGGCUGCAGGAAAGACUUGCGCGGGGAGCUUCCGUUUCAGAAUCAGGAGUGGGGGUGGGGUCUCCUUGCCUCUGAUUCCUACGGAGGCCCCAGGAGCUGGCCCGCCGCCCCGUGAUGGGAUCUGCCUGUCCUGUCUGUCUGUAAGCUGUGCCAACUGUCACUUGUCCAGUGACGAACUAAGCCAGGGAAAGGGGUACCACGGGGUGGCAGCAGGCUAGGAAUCAGCAAAGAGGGGGAGCGAUCGAGGUCUCACGCUUGCUCCCAAGCCAACGAGGGAGGAAGCCGAGGUCAUUGCCAAGGGUAGGGAGUCCACUGGGGGUUGCUGGAGCCAUGGUGGGGGUUCUUGGGAACUUUUUCUCACUUUGGCUUUCCCCAAAAGAGCACAAAAUCUUCCCAUCCGCGCACCCGGUGGGACAGACAGGCAGGCAGGCUUCUGUCGCCCCGGGGAACUCAGCCACUCCUGGGCUCCCACGGUUGCCUCCUUAAUCGAUUACUAAUGAUUGUCAGCGACUUGAGCUUCCUGGGACGUGGGUGACAAGUCCCGGUUCUCCCGCGGGCUCGCUGCUCCCCCCACGGAGGGCCCGGGAGGCUGGGGGCUGGGAGCGAGUGCUACAGCAGGGGUCUCCGGGCCCCUUCUCAUUGCCACCUGCCUCUCAUCAAGGACCUUCCAUCUGACAAGCGGGAUCGCGGCAGUAGCACUCAGAGGGGGCCACGUCCCAGUCGUGCCCGCCGGCGUAGGUAGCCAGGCCGGGAGGUCGCCCGGGCGGCAUCUCGCGGGGGCCGGGGGCCGCCUCGCCUCCCCCAGCCCCUAACCCGACCCCAUUCGGCCUGCGAUGGGACGCACACCAGUAGGGAAAGCGGACCCACGUUCCCGCGGGAAUGCCAGGCCCUGGCCCGGCCGGCACAGAGCUAGACCGGGCCGGAGGGGACCAAGGCUGAGGCUGCAACAGGCCCAGUGGGACCGGUCCGCUCAGGACAUGCUGGCCUUGGUUUACAAUGCUCUGUUAGGAAAUUUAACCAAUGAAUAAAGCAGCGUUCAGUGCGCA